AUGACAGCAAAACAAAGAAGAUCAGCAACAAAAGGAUUUGAACCAGAAGAGUACGACGCUAAUUUAGAUUGUCCAGUACCGUAUAUUGCUUGCGUUUGUAGAGGUGUCCCAAUCCCUAAAAAAAUAACGGAUGAAGGUGUUGGUUUUAGAAUGCGUUGUACAAACGAUCGUUGUCAUUUGGCUAGUUCAUUUUUUCUACAUAAAAAAUGUUCGGAUAAAUUGGAAGAAAAUUUAUUGAAAAUUUUGGCAAAUGAAGGGUCUGCUAGAGGUUGGACAGAUGCACAAUUAAGAAGUAAUUUGUGGGAAAAGAAGGGGCAAUCCUUAGUUGGAAGAAUUUUACGUUGUCGGUGUGGAAUGGGUGUAAUGAGUGUUGAUGUUGAUUUUUACAAGAAACAAAUGGUUGAAGAACGAAAACAAAAAACAUUUGCUGAUCCAAAAGUAGUACAAGCUAAAAAGGCAGCCAAAAAAAGCAAAUUACCUGCUGUUAAUUAUAAUAAUGUUCGUCCUGUUCCGUUGGAAUUGUUGUCGAAUGAUUUUCCAGCCAAACUAUCAGAACAUUCACCUCAUCAAUAUUUAAAUGGUCGUUCACUCGAAAGGGAAUCCCCCUCUUCACAACAAACAACAAUAACAUCGUCACCUACACCUCCAUCUAUUCAUCAUGAACAACAACAACGUUUAUUUUCGAGUGGUGGUAGUGAGAAACAUGUUGAUGAACAUCGAAAAAAGAAGGCUUAUGGCAAUCCAAAAUCAGCACAAUCGAAAAAAUCAUCAAGAAAAUCAAAAUUGUCAACACCUAAUACUUAUAAUAAUGUUAGGCCUGUUCAAUUGGAUUUGAUACAACAAAAUAAUGAAUUUGUUACAAAUGGAACAUCAGAACAUUCGCCUUCACUAUCUUCAAAUCAAUAUUUAUCAAAUCGAGUAGAACGAGAAUCGCCUAGUUCAAAUUCAAAAACACCAAUGACAACACCGUCACAAACACCACCUACAGCUCCUCCUUUACAAAAUGAUUUACAACAACAACAACAAAAUUUGGGAGGAAAUAAUAAUAAUAUUAAUGGAGCUGGUGGUGACAUACAAGUUUGUUAA